AAGACCCUUUAACCCUUUUCUUUUAGGAAAACCAAAAUUUGGUGAGGUUGUCAUCUUCAUAAAAUUCAAGCAAAAGAAAAGGAAAGAGAAAAAAGAAAAAAAAAAAGAAACGAAAAAAUCAGGGUCGAACCUCUGCCGUCGCACUAGUGAAAUUGCAGGGAGCAAAAAAGGAAACUGAAAACGCCGCCGUCUGGCGACCGGCGAUUGGGGGCGUUGCGAGAAUCGAACUCACGACCUCUCGCACCCGAAGCGAGAAUCAUACCACUAGACCAAACGCCCUGUGUGUCUCAGUCACCUUAUUUUCCUACCUUAACAUGUGAUUUCACGAAGAAUCCCAUCUGAGUUUCGGUAGUUAGGUCAAGGUUUUUUUUGGGCAGUGAUGGCUCAUACCAGCAAUACUGCAGCUGGAGUUGAUAACACCUUUAGAAGGAAAUUUGAUCGGGAGGAGUAUUUGGAACGAGCUCGUGAGCGUGAAAAACAGGAGGUUGAGAGGGUUAAGUCGAAAUUGAAAGGUCCACCAGUGCAACGAAAACCAUUGAAACAUAGAGAUUACGAGGUCGACCUCGAGUCCCGAUUGGGAAAGACCCAGGUUGUCACUCCAGUUGCACCUCUAAGCCAGCAGGCUGGAUAUUACUGUUCUGUUUGUGAAUGUGUCGUCAAGGAUUCUGCAAAUUACUUGGAUCACAUCAAUGGAAAGAAACAUCAGAGGGCCUUGGGUAUGUCCAUGCGGGUAGAACGGGCAUCUCUGGAACAGGUGCAAGAGCGGUUUGAAGUUCUUAAAAAGAGAAAAACGCCAGGAAGCUUCACAGAGCAAGAUCUUGAGGAGCGUAUACUAAAGCAACAACAAGAAGAAGAACAACGGAAGCGCGAGCGUCGAGAAAGAAAGAAAGAAAAGAAGAAAGAGAAGGCUGCAGAAGAGGAACCUGAAGUAGAUCCUGAUGUUGCAGCAAUGAUGGGAUUUGGAGGCUUCCGUUCUUCCAAGAAGUGACAAGUAUACAGGUUCAUCCUUUACGACCUUACUUGAACAAAAUUUGUUCCAUAGGUCGAACAACUGUCUGCUUGAGUUCUAAAAACUUUACGGGUUCAUCUUCUUCAACUCGAGGCUUGAGCUUUGCCCUUGUGAUCCAUGUGGAGUUUCUAAAAUUUGAACUGAUGUGCAUGGGAAGAUGAACUUGGGCUUCCCAGCUUCUUGGACUUGUGUAAGCUGUAUCUUUUAUAAAGAUAAUCUGGCCUUUUUCUGUAACAUUAAAUUAAUAUGUUAUUAAUAUACAAUGUUUCUUGAUGUC